AUGAACACGAACACACACGUACACACGUACACACACACACACACACACACACAUACACACACACAAGGGACGACGCUAGAAGAAACAAAGUAACCGUGUGGAGUUUGAGGAAAUAUGGUGUUUCUCGGUGGGAAUGAUGGACGCAGUAGACUCCAUUGAUCCGUACAGCCGACCGGCGCGCAGGACACAAUGGGUGGUGAGCACUCUGGCUUACCAUUACGGGCUGGACAGGGGAGUGGAGAACGAGAUUAUAGUUCUGGCUACCGGCUUGGACCAGUACCUACAGGAGAUUUUCCACCAUAUGGACUAUCAAGGCGGAGGCAAAAUCCCCGUCGAGGAUUUCAACAUCUUGUGUGACGUCCUGGGACUGAACAAAGACUCGGAGGACAGCGAGUGCGCCGGCGUUCUGGACGACUUGCCCGGCGAGCUCACCUUCAGGCACUUCCACGCUAAACUGUGCGGGUACUUCAGCACCAAGGCGGGCCGCCAGUACGAGAACGGCCGGCUGCUGGUCGGGAAGGACAGCGAGCAUAUAGAGACUCAGAUCCGCCUGCGGAGCCCCCUGAGGCGGCGGGAGAAGCUGCUGUCCGUGUGCGGAGCGAGCGGCGACUCCUGCCCCGCCGCAGCCUCCGGCGUCGCCGCCUCAGGGGGACGGCACGCCUCCGGCUGCAGGCUCGGGUCAUGUACCAAGGAGUGCUACGAAGAGAUAGUGGCGCUGGAGGAGGCGGAGGACCGGAUAGCGAAGCUGGAGGACGAGAACACGAGUUUGCGCGAGCUGAUCGAGGACAUGCGCGCCGCCCUUCAGAGCAGCGACGCCCGCUGUUUGGCUCUGCAGGUAGGACUAUGGAAAAGCCACUCCAAGCAUAAACCAGAGGAUGUUUGCCUCGACACCCACCAGACCCAAGCGUCCCAGAAGAGUUUGAGAGACCUCAAAAGCCUGCAGAGCAUCAUCCACGAGAUAGAGCUGCUGCGGACCUCCAGAGACCUGCAGAUAGAGGAGGCCAUGCUGUGUAACGAGAGACUGGAGCAGGAGCUGUGGACCUCUAAAGAGACCGUGGCCGCACUGGAGGACUGCAACAGAGCCCUGAAGAGGGAGCAGGUGGGCAUGAGGAGGAAGGUGGAGGAGGCCAGGCAGGCGCUGCUCAGUGGCCUGGGUAAGGUGAAGGAACUGGAGACCAAGGCCAGCCAUGUGCCGACGCUGCAGAGGCACGUCCUCCAGCUGGAAUCAGAGCUCCUCUACUACAGGUCGGAGGUGUCAAAACUACAACUCCCAAGCAGCACCGGGGCAGAGCAGCAGCUGGGCGCUGGCAGCAGGCCGGGCCAGAGAUGUUGCUCGGACUCCCAACAUGACCGAUGUUCUCCGACGGGGCGCGCUGUGACGACGCCUGAUAAAAUGGAAGAGCAGCUGUUUCGUUCAGUGGAGGGCCAGGCGGCAUCUGAUGAGGAAGACGAUAAGUGGACGGAGGAUCAGCAGCGGCAGGUGGACGAGGUGAAGAGGAUCUUGACAAGGCUGUCCUGCUGCGGGGAAAGGUGCGACGACAAGGCGUUCAAGAAGCUGAUGUCCAACUAUGGGAGCCUGAAGAGCGAGGAGAGCUGCAGCGCUGUGGUGGAGCUCCUGGAGAGGGUGACCAGGCUGCAUAAACAGCUGGAGCUGAAGGAGAGCCAGGCAGAGAUGGACACGGACCAGAUGAAGGACUCUCUGCUGCAGGAGCUGCAGCAGAAGGCAGAGGAGACUGAGCUGCUUCAGAUGGAGCUGCAGAUGCUGGAGACGGAGAGGGUGCGUCUGUCGCUGGUGGAGGAGAAACUCGGGGACAUCCUGCAGCUCCUCCAGCAGCUCAGAGACCUGAACGUCUCGCGGCGGUCCCUCGGGAAAAUCUUGCUCAGCACUUUGGGGUCCUGCAGCGACCCGCAACACGGCAAAGCCCACAUUCUGGAGGUGCUCAACGCUCUCUAUCAUGAACUGGCGGCCUGUGAGAUCCUGUCCACUGGUGGACUUUUGGAGCGAACUCAGAGUCAGCGGUCUCUGAACGCCCUCUUCAUCUCCUGCUAAUCAAGACCGCCUCCUGCUGGGCCAGCAACGCUCCAACAGCCUCUCUAGAGAACACUGAAAGAGUAACAGAGGCCAAAAAACAAGCUGAUUAAUGUGUAUAGUGUAUUAUAUUGUAGCUUAUAUACUCCUCAGACCCACAUCUAUAGAGGGAUAUUAGUCUAGAAUUAGUAUUUCAAAGGGGUUUAUUACAUAUGCCAGGAUAUUCCAUCAAAGUUUCUAAAUUGUAUUAUUACUUCAUAAAAAAUAUUUUGCAUAACUUGCUAUCACACAAUAUAUGUCCCUUGAGUUUGAGUUCAUGGAGAAAUCUAAAUUCACCAGGAAGAAAACAUGAAUGUUUUUUCUCCUAUUUAGAACAUGAGGGCGGUGUUGCACUUCAUUCUCUUGUGGCCAAAAUGAGUAUUACAACAACAAACACUAAUACAAAAACAUUUAUUUUACCUGGCAAAACUUUUUUCGACAGUUUUCACAGAUGAAAAAAUAAUGUUACUUAAAUCCUGGCAAAGCUUUUUUUUUGCUGUUCUUAAGUAAGAAACCCAGGUGAGAAGACAGUUUAGAUCGGACUGAUAAAAUGGAAUCACCAGAAUCUGUUUUUUAUACUUGCCUCAAAGGGCUUCUGUACUAUCAUGAUCCUAUAUGGAUUUUUUCCCCUGUUCUGAAUGUAAAAAUGUUGAAAUAAGCUAAACCUUGAAGGGAAAUAAAGUAGUCUGUGAAAUGUGUCGACCUCCACUGGUCAACAACAUCCCAAAUGACAAGGCGGUGUCAUUACAAAGGCCUCUGCAUAGUUUACUAGAGAAAAGCAGCCUACAUUUGACCAAAUAUGAAGGACACUGUUGGUGCGUACUCUGCGACCCUCGGGAUGCCUUAGUGAUGUGUGAUGGUGCAUUCAGGCUGUUCAUUCAUCUGCAUCAGCAAUGUUGGGGAAACGUCAGCUAUUUUGUAUCUACCAGGUAAUUGCAUUCAGGUACUCAUCUAUCGAUGUAAACAGGACCAAUGAAAAACCCCUACAACAUGUAAAUACUAUAUUUUUGACAAAACAUAUAACUAAAGGUCCAUGUACUCAUUCUUUGUCAAAAGUUUUCAACCAUAUCACAUGGUCUUCAUUGAUAGGCACAGGAGUUUUAUCUAUAUGUUAUGGAUGCAGUAUGUUUGACAUUAACCUGCUACACUUUUUGUCCCUGAUUUGUGUUGAGGUUGAAUUUUAACCCCUAUACUGUAAACUUAGUUACAAAAAAAGGCAAACUUCCCAGUGCUGAAGUUGUAACUUUUUUAGCAUAGGAGGGGACGAGGGUUUUGGUCUCUUACAGCCUAUGCUUUCAGAACCUCUGAAUGGCCUGUAUUCAUUUGCUAAAAUUUGACAAAUAAUUGAACUAAUGUUGGAUGCAAAAACCACUCACUUGUGUUAUU